GAGGAGUAGCCGCCACCGCCGUCGCUCCCGCUCGUCGGCGGCGCGGCCGCUGGAGGAUGACAACCUCCUCUCUGAGAUCCUCCUCCGCCUCUCGCCGGAUCCGUCCUCCCUCCCUCGCGCCUCCCUCGUCUCCAAGCGCUGGCUCGGCCUCAUCUCUGACCCCGGCUUCUCCCGCCGCUUCCUUCUCCACCACCGCCGCGACCCUCCUCUCCUCGGUUUCUUCGACCCUUUCAAUUUCAAACCUGCAAUGGAUCCCCCCAAUCGUGUCCCGGAUGGCCGCUUCUCCUUGUGCCUCCACGGCAAGAAUGGCGACGGCAUCUUCAUGCCCUUGGGAUCCCGCCAUGGCCUCCUACUCAUCUACCAAUUAGCGCGGUACCAGCUCUUGGUGUGGGAUCCCUUCAACGUCGACCUACACCGCCUAGCCGUUCCCCCAGAGUUCGAUCGGCUCGAGGCCCCAUUCAAAGGGGCGGUUUUUCGCGCCGCCGGGGAAAUUUAACACUUCCGGGUGGUCUUGGUAAGCACAGAGCCAGACGAGCAGCAACAUACACGGGCCUUCGCCCGCAUUUACUCGUCGGAGACUGCCAAAUGAGGUGAUCGCAUAUCAACACCACUUCCAUCCAAACUUCCCACCAACAGUCACAUGUACUUUACCAUGGGUGUGCUAGUUGGGCAUUCCCUUUACUGGUUGUUCAAUGACAGAUCGGCAAAAACUCUACUGUUGGAUGGCAUACUUGAGUUUGAUUUGGAGAAGCCGAUCCUAGCUGUGAAACCAGUACCAGUGGGUAUUCCCAAGGAAAACAUGUGCCGAUUCCAGGUUAUGCAGGCAGAGGGUGGUGGCCUUGGCAUUCUAUUUCUGUCAAAUUUCAGCGCCCAAUUAUGGAAGGUGGAGACCGAUUGUGAUGGUGCUGCUUCAUGGGUGCUAGGAAGAACUGUUGAACUGGAUAAGCUACUUUCCAUUAAUUCAAGGAAGAAGAGGAAAUGGCACCAAAGUAUAGAGGGGUUUGCUGAGUACAAUAAUGUGCUGCUGCUACGGACACCUACCGACCUCUUCAUAAUCCAGCUUGAGCCACUGCAGUUCAAGAAAGUUUCCAAGACCAAGAAGUGGGUUUGUUAUCAUCCGUUUGAAAGUGUUUAUGCUGCAGGAAUGAGCAUUGGUGGUGGACAUGAUGGAGCUAAACUUUUGCAAAAUACAUAAGAUGAUUGGUCAAAUGGAUAUGCUAUUGUGAUGUAUUAAAUGAGGGAGUAAGCUUAUCUUUUUAGUAGUAGCGGAAUGGAAUAUUUCCCUUUCUUUUGCUUAAUUGAUAUUUUCUGUUUACUUUUACUGGCUGCAACAUUGCAUUUGCUAUUUUUGUGGCUACUACUCAAUAAGAUCCAAGUGUGAUUCUUAUGUUGUCCCCUCUACUCAAGUAAUUGAUACCCAACAAUACCUCAGCAUUUGGCUUC